UCAGACACGCCAGUGGACUCCAUGGACUUAACCCUCCAAAUUCUCUAGCUUAGAACCUCUCCCCCUCUUUCAUUCUCUCUCUCUCUCUCUCAACCUUUUACUGCAGAAAGGUAGGUUGUUAUGGGUGACAAAAGGCAGAGAAUGAUGGCACUGACGGCCUUUUUGUUUCUGGGUCCGCUUGCAACUUUUCCUGCAGGCUGUUUCUCGGCAGCCAACCAGCCCUCUCAACUCAAGAAAAAGUCGCCCCAAACCACGGUCUCUAAUCGCCUCGGUUCCUCGGUUGUUUUUCCUGUUCAAGGAAAUGUUUAUCCCAUUGGGUACUACUAUGUGAACAUCAACAUAGGUAAUCCGCCGAAGCUGUAUGACCUUGACAUUGAUACCGGCAGUGACGUGACUUGGGUCCAAUGUGAUGCACCUUGUACCGGUUGCACUAAGCCACGUGAUCGUCUUUAUAAACCGAAAAACAACCUUGUUCCUUGUGCAGACCCUGCUUGUAUUGCCAUGUACGCCCCGGAAAUCCCCAAGUGCAAGGACCCUAAUGACCAGUGUGACUAUGAGGUCAACUACGCAGAUCAUGGUUCUUCUUUUGGUGUGCUGGUCAAGGACAACUUCCCCAUUCGCCUGUACAAUGGCUCUUCUUUCAGUCCUCGAUUGGCGUUUGGGUGUGGAUAUGACCAAAAAUAUUCUGGAUCACACCCUCCACCAUCUACAGCAGGAGUUUUGGGCCUUGGCAACGGCAAAGGAAGCAUAGUGUCACAAUUGCAUGCUUUGGGUUUAACGCAGAAUGUGGUUGGCCACUGUUUAAGUGGGCGAGGGGGAGGAUUCUUAUUCAUUGGAGAUGAUCUUGUACCUUCUUCAGGGAUUAUAUGGACACCAAUUUCACACAAUUCCUUGGAGUACCACUACUCAUCGGGACCGGCCGAACUUCUGUUUGGUGGGAAGCCUACUGGUGUAAAGGGCCUCUUCAUUGUCUUUGACAGUGGAAGCUCUUAUACUUACUUCAAUGCCCAAGCUUACCAAACAACAGUCAAUCUGCUGAGGAAAGAUUUAACUGGAAAGCCAUUAAAGGAUGCGCCAGAGGAUAAAUCCCUCCCAAUCUGCUGGAAAGGCCCAAAGUCUUUCAAAUCCGUUGGUGAUGUCAAGGACUACUUCAAGCCUUUAGUGCUGAGCUUUACAAAUGCCAGGAGUGUUCAGCUACAAUUACCACCUGAAGCUUAUCUCAUUGUCACAAAACAAGGCAAUGUGUGCUUGGGAAUUUUGAACAGCGCCGAGGUAGGACUUGAAAAUCGUAACAUAAUUGGAGACAUUUCUAUGCAAGAUAAAAUGGUGAUUUAUAACAAUGAAAAGCAGCUGAUUGGAUGGACUCCUGCUAAUUGUGAUAGGCUUCCCAAGUUCUGAAUCACACUCAUGCUUCUUGAGAAGAUGAAUAAGCUCUUUGGUCCUCCCAAAAAAUAACAAAAUAACUCCAAGGCAGAGGCAAUGGCAAAGGAAACGACAAUAUAAUCCACAUACGUUGGACACACAUUUGUUUAGUCAUUGAAUGUUUACAAAAGAGUUCACUGUCUGUGGUAUAAUUUACAAGUAGGAACUGUAGAUGGGAUAUAACUUAUAAAAAUCUCCAUACUUGCACUGAGAAAUACAAAUGUUUGGUUGGUUAGCAAAGAAAUUUUUGGAAUAUCAAUGUGUUGAUCAAUCUCUGCCUAUUUGCAUGCAUCUCCAUUAAUUGCUGCUUUCAAGUUUCAUGACAGUAACAGAACACAUUAUGCCGCUUGGCAACCUUUACUAAAGGAUCCGGAACUGACCCCUGCGCCAUUUUGUCCUCCGGAUUUUUCCCCUCACCAACCUACCUUUGAAAUGACCUCCCUUAACCCGAAACAAAAAGAAAACCAAAAAAAAAAA